AUGGUGGCGCGCUGUCUUUACGCGGCGCAGAAAGAAAACGACCUGGAAUUCGUUCAAAGCCUGCCGCGUACCACCUUUCUCGAAUGCAUCCGCGUGCUGCAGCCUUCCAACUUCACGCUGCCCUUGACAUCUACACAUAUGGACCUCAGCGAUGCCGUGGCCAAGCAGCUCGGUCUCACGCCCAUUCAGCAUAUUGUGCGGCAACAUUCGAACGUCCUGAAAGACAUGCUUGCCAUCCGGCGCAGGGCUGGGGCGGCGGUCGGAUUGCCGGAGUAUCGCAUGCUUCUCCAAAGCGCACGAGACCUAGGGCGGCCCUUCUCGGCGGACAGAAUUUGGAGGGAUCUGCUCGAAGACGGCGUCACUCCAGACACUGCCUGCUACAACGCUCUCAUGGGCGCGCACGCCUGGCAUGGCCUGCAUCGAACAUCAUCCCGCCGGAGCGACCGCAUCACUCCGUUCUCCCAACUUGCACGGCAACGCUCAUCUCCCCCACCGAUGUUUGCGACUUACAGGGUCGGCGAAGGAGGAAUCAAGGAGCACGUCACUCGCAUGUUCAGCAGUAUGCUGAAAGAUGGCGCCAUUGCGGACGAAGAGAGCUUCCGCAAUGUCAUCAUCGCCACUGCAAGAGAGGGCGAUAUGGCCACGGUCAAAGCGAUCUUGCGUCGUAUCUGGGAUGUUGAUGUCGAUUCUCUGCAAGCCAGUAAACCCGCGGCCACGCCCACGAAACCUCUCAACGAAGAUUCCCCACUGGCUCCGAACUCGAAAACGUUGUUCGCGCUCGCCUACGCUUUCGGCAUCAACAACGACGUGCCGGCCGCUCUCCGCGUUGUUGGCGACAUGGCUCAACGCUACAACCUCUCCAUCGAUCUGAAUGUGUGGGAGCAACUCUUCGAAUGGACCUUCGUCCUUGCAUCAAUGUCGACGCGUACCGGAGUGAAAGCCCAAACGGACGGCAGUAGAACGGGGCAGCUCCCUCGAUCAACCGCGCUCACCCUGUGGGAAUCCAUGACCGGCGCGCCGUACUUCGUCCAGCCCACCAUGGGCAUGUACAACCACCUCAUCAAGAACCUGCAAGACCGCGCCUGGCCGCGGGAGAUAUAUGCGAAGAUGCUGGAGGGGCGGGAAUUGUCACUGGCCAAUCAAGCGGCUGCGCGCAGGGCGUUGCGUGUCCUCGAGCGCGCGGUGAAGGGGGACAACAGCACGGGGAAAUCCCUCGAGACGCUGCGGAGGGAGUGGGAGCACGCGGACCUCGUGCGCAAGCGGGACAUUGUCUAUUGCAAGCGCUGGCUACGCCUUUUCCUCUCGACUCUGCGCCAGUUCAAUCGCUCCGAUACUUCGCAGGACUUGGCUUUGCGAGAGACGCCGCGCAUCCUGUGGGAGUGGAGGGCAUGGGCUCCGACGGUGGUGAAGUAUGAUGUGACUGGUGGAGUGGUGGAGUUGCAGAUCCGGACUGCGGAGGAGAUUAAGGUUGCGCAGGAGGUUGGGGCGGAGUUGAAACAAAAGGCGGAGAGUAUUGCGCAGCAAGUGCCGAUGUUUCUCGCUGGGAGUCGGACGGCCAAGUUCACUCCCUUUGGGGCAUCGGACUAA